AUGUGGCACACUAGUGGACCAUUCAAUGUUGAAUGUUACCAAAAUGGGUUUGGAGUUGAAAUGGGUGAACGUAAGACAGAGAUGGAUGCUAUUAUGAUGAAUAAUGAGAUGAACGUAAGACUUAGAGCAUUCUUAAGCAACCUCAAUAAGAUUUGCGAGUAA